AUGGACAAUUUACCAGUUAGUGACAGUCGUACUGAUAUUGUUUCGUCAAAUGAUAAGAGUCUUACAGACGAUGCCAGCAUUAUGUCAGCUGAUAAGGAGCAUGCUUCAGAUGCUAUUUUGUCAGCUGAUAGCAUUCACACCAUAGACAACAAAACUUCAACAGCUGCUUUUAGAGGCAGUGGUACUUUACUGGCUGAAAAAGGUCAAUUCGCUGAUAAUGGCACCUUGAAAGGUGAAAUACACUUCGUGGAAAAUGUGCCAUGUUCCAUUUUAUCGACAUUUGACGUCAUGAAAAGUAGCACACUAUCAGACAAAACCGUUGAGCCAGAUGCUGUUUUAUCAGUUGCUAGUGAUUAUGAUGUGGGGAGUGCUACUCGUCCAACGGACAAGCCAUCUUUCACCGAUUUCGAAGAACACCAAUUAUGUCAUGUAAACAGCGAAGAAAUGGAUAUACAAAUCGUUGACUAUAUAAAGGAUCAAAAGAAAAAUAAUUCAGAAAUUACACAUGAAGAUGAACUUCAACUUACCAUUAAUUUUUGUAAAGCAAAAAUUCGAUCAAAUAUGGAAAAAGAUUUGAUUAAAAUACCGAAGAAGGAACUCAGGCAUUUAAUGAACAAAGUUAUCGAAUGCAGUCUCGAACUCGACCGAUUAAGGGAAGAAUCGAACGAUCCUGCAAAAAGAGCGAAAUGGAAAAAUAUUCUUAUUUCAAAUGGUCAUAUAUUGGCACUUCAAGCGAUUAGUGGACGUAAUCCCUAUUGUGAAGUAUGCUUAACAACAAUUUGGCGGGUUCUACAAAGAUAUAGGAGAUGCGAAGAAUGUGGAAUGCGUUUACACGAAAAAUGUAUUGAUGGUAUCAUGCGUCGAUGUGUUGCUACGAAGUUGCAUCACUCAUCGUUUGAAAUCUGCUUGGAUAUUUGCAUGGAACAGAAGUUGAGCGACCAGGAUUAUAAAUGUGCUGAAUGUCGAAUUCCUUUGAAAUUUGGAUCAACUUCAGUUGAAGAACCUCGUCUUUGUGAUUAUAAUGGCUUUUAUUAUUGUACCCGAUGUCAUUGGAAUGACCAAUGCAUUAUACCAGCGCGAAUCGUUCAUAACUGGGAUUUUCAGAAAUAUAAAGUUUGCCGUGCUUCGAAACAAUUAUUGGUCUUAAUUGAGCGAAGACCAAUUUUUGAUAUCGUAAAAUUAAAUCCAUCAUUGCCAAAAUUCGUCGAUAAGCUUAAUCGAAUAGAUAAAUUACGAAAAAAUAUCAUUUUUAUGAAAUGUUACUUUAUAUGUUGCAAGAAUGCUCGUAAAUUGCGAAUAUUACAAUAUUUAAAUCAUCGCCAACAUUUUGUUGACAAUUCGAAUUUAUAUAGUUUGUCUGAUUUACGCGAUCUAAUGGAAGAUCGACUUAUUCCAGAAAUUGAACAAAUUUUUACUGUAUUCUUUAAUCAUAUCACUAAAGAAUGUGAGAUUUGUCAAGGAAAUGGAUUUUUCUGUGAAAUCUGUUCAGAUGAGAAAAAGCAACAAAUGUCUAUUGAAAGUAUACCCAGGGAGCUGCGUAAUCUGAGAGCUUGUUUAUUAUGUUCUAUGGUUAAAAGUGUGGAACAAUUCGAAAUGGAUGGUUGUGAUAACUGCGAAAGAUAUUUAGGAAUGAAAGGUGAUGAAGAGAAAGUAAGCGAGUGCACAAGCUCAAAUUUCGAUGGAUUAAUCGCAGCGAUGAUACCGGAUGAAUCGUGGGUUUGCAAAUGGCAAAAAAUCAAUCGAAAGGCAAGAGGUAUCUAUGCCGUUUCGGUGUCGGGAACAUUACCGUCUCAUAUUGUUCAAGAUCUCAAAUCUCAGAAUAUACGAUAUAAACCGCAUAUGCGUGACAUGACAAAAAACAGUUGA